AUGAAGAAAACAUGGCUUUCAACAGUCUAUCAAAUUGGAACAUUCACAGUUUUAGUUACUGGACCGAUUAGCGAUAGAAUUGGACGGAGAGAAAUCCUACAAGUUUUGAGUCUUGGACUUUAUAUUAUUACUGGUAUUACUCAAGUACUCCUUCAAUUUGUCACAAUGGAUAUCAAUACAAAGUUUAUUCUCUUGAUUAUCAAUCAGCUUGUAUCAGGUAUUGACGGCUAUGGUAUAGCUUUUCUACUUAUCAUGGAACUAACAUCAUCUUCACAUACAAGUUUUGCUGCUGGUCUUUCUUUGGUUGCAUAUCCAAUCGGUGAAUGUUUAUUCACUGCUUUUGCCUUCGUAGCACGUGACUGGCUUAAUCUCAAAUGGCUAACGAGUGCUUAUUUCCUUCUCACAGUUCCCUAUCUUUAUUUCAUUCCCGAAUCGCCCUAUUGGCUGUUAAGUCGAAAGAAAUACGAUCAACUUGAAAGUGCUUUAAGAAAAAUUGCCAAAACGAAUGGUCGUAAAGAAAUUGAAUGGCAUCCAUAUUAUACUAAAUUAAUAGAAGAGACUACUAUACCAAAAAAGACUACCAAAACUUUAAUCCGAAGAAAGCGAGAAAAAAUUUUACAGUAUUUGCCAAAAUUAAUUAUUAGUGGUUUUAUUGAAUUUGUUACGAUGUUAUUAUAUACCGAAAUUUCGUAUGGACUCGGUGCAAAGAAUGAAGCAGUGAGUCCUUACACGAAUUUUAUUAUUGGAGCUGCCGUCGAAAGUCUUGGAUAUUUGAUCGCAGGUCUUUUAGUUAUUACACUAUUAGGACGAAAAUAUUCAUUGAUUACAUUUUUAUUAUUAACAUCAGCGUGCGUAUUUGCGAUACCAUUUACAAUAGGUUCUUGUCCUAUUGUAGGUACCAUUAUUUCACAAAUAGGUAAAAUGGCCAUUAGCGGUGCUGUAGCAGUUUCGUGGCUUUAUGUUCCUGAACUUUUUCCAACAUCGAUGCGAGGUUUGGCCAAUGCCAUAUUUGUAUUUAUCGGCAGUUUUGGGUCGAUUCUAGCACCUAUUGUUGAUACCGCAGUCGGCGACAAAUAUAGACGCAUUGCAUUUUAUGUUUAUGCUGGAUUAACUCUACUAUUGACUGGUCUAAUUACUACUUUACCGGAAACACGCAAUCGAUCGUUUGACGAUGGAGAAGAACAUGAUGAUAUAACUCUGUUAAAUGAUAAUGCAGAGUUUAAAAAUUAG